AUGGCUGCUGCCGUAUUGGCUGCUAUGUUUUUUCAUGCCUUUACAGUAAUCUAUUCAAGUGUGCACAUUGAAAGGAUAGGCUCUGCAUCUGUUUCAAAAAAUUGUGAUAGCAAACCAUGUUAUCAGGGUAAAUGCGAGAAUGAAAAAUGCCGGUGUUUUGCAGGUUGGGGUGGUUUGCAGUGUGAUCGUUGUCAUGGACGAAAUAUACUAACAGACGAAAACGAGCUGUUGACGGAUGGUCCACGUAAUUAUAGUUCGUCUUCGCGAUGUAUGUGGAUCAUUAGGAAUGAGAAAAAACGAGGUAUCUUACUUUUGCGGAUUGAAUCGCUUGUUACUGAAUGUAGCUGGGACCACUUGUACAUUUAUGAUGGAGCGGGCACGAGAAGUCGUCAAUUAGCUGCCUUCAGUGGUGUCAUCACGGGUAGAGAAGUGAUUAUUACAUCUGGCAAAGCGCUUAUUUAUUUCUUCAGUGAUCUUGCAUUCAACAUGUCCGGUUUUAAUAUUACUUUUUCAUAUGGCAAAUGUCCAGAUAAUUGCACUUCAAAUGGAAAGUGCAUAGAGGGCAUUUGUGAAUGCUAUGAAGGAUAUACCGGAACACAAUGUGAAACUUUGAUUUGUACUGAGAAGGACAAAAAUUUGAUAUCAAAGGCAUGUGGAAAUGCAGGAGUUUGUGACCGUGAUUAUCGGUGUUCUUGUAAUAUGCAUUUUCAUGGAGAUCGGUGUCAAGCUUUGACAACACAAUCUGUUUUUGAAUCUGUGAGAACCAGUGGUAGCUUUGAAGCUCGCGCAUCACAUGCAGCUGUUAUUGUGAAUGAUACAAAGAUAUGGGUAAUUGGUGGAGCCCAUUUUACUGGUGCAAACAAUUCUUUUGUUUCUGUAUUUGAUACCGAAAAUUCGAAAUGGUAUGAAGUUGUGACAAAAAAUACUCCGAAAUCUCGUUACGAUCAUACGGUUGUAAGAUAUAAGAGUACUCUCUAUAUGUUUGGUGGUGUAAUUGAUGAACGAGUGGUAACCAAUGAACUGUGGAGUUUGGAUCUGGGAACUUUAGAAUGGACAUUAGAAAAUGCUAAUAAUAAUGCGUCAGAUGCCAUACCGAAUGCUGUUGCUGGCCAUGCUGUUCAUUUAAUUGGAGAUGAAAUGCUAGUUUUCUUUGGUCACAAUCCUUAUUUUGGAUACAUGUACAACAUACAGAAAUAUAAGAUUAGCACUAAGCGUUGGAGCAUUGUUCCUGAUAAUGGACCUCAUAUGCAAGGAAGAUUCGGUCAUUCUCUUGUUGCAUAUGUUCAUGAGAAAAGAGAGGUUAUUCUGAUUUAUGGUGGCUAUUUAUUGCCAUAUGAAGGUUUUUUGUCGCGCGUUAGCAGUACACUUAUCGAAUAUGUUUGUGAUAGUCGAGAGUGUUCUCAUCGGACUUUGUCUUCUGGAUAUACUCCUGUUUUUCGUCAUUCAGCUUCAUUGAUCAAUGAUUUAAUGAUCGUGGUUGGUGGAAACGUGCAUAAUGAGUCAUCAUCACGAAUUCAAGAAUGCUAUUCUAACGAUGUCCAGGCGUAUGACAUAGGUUGCGAUACGUGGUUUUCAUUGGCAAGCAAUUCCGUAUCACUUUUACGGCGUUAUGGUCAUGAAUCAGUAGCAACAAAAAACAAUAUUUUCAUAGUUGGUGGCUUCGAUGGAGUGAUGCUAUCAGAUGUUGUCAAAUUUACUCCAGCAGAAUGUGGUGGGUUAAAACGGCCUGAUGACUGUCGUAACAUGAGAGAAGGCGUACGUUGCAUUUUUCAUGCUGGUAAAUGCAAGUCUGUCCAGCGUGAUAUUUCAUAUUCGCAUUCGUUUUUGUCAUAUGUAAAAAAUGAAGAUCCCAAAGAAGAGCAGAAAUGUCCGAUUAGCUGGAGAAAGUCUUCAUCGUGGUGUAGCGAUGAAAAAGACUGUGUAACAUGUACCGCUGCAGAAGGUUGUAGUUGGUGUCAUUGGAGUCGUGAAUGCGUUUCUGAUAACUUUUGUAAAGAUCGGACAAAUCCAGUAACUAAAUCGGACGCAUGUCCAAAGGAUGAUGAGCUUCGGCCUUGUUUUUAUGCUGCAGAGUGUUAUGCCUGCAAAUUGUUAAAGCACUGCACUUGGUUUCUUAUGAAGGAUUCUAAAUGGAAAUGUAUCAAUAGUCAUGAUUUAUUAUUGGAUGGCGAGUCACUUCAACAGCAGCAUUCUUAUUUUCAAUCUGAUCAUUCGUCAUCACUUGCCUUGAAUGCUUUCAAUUCAUCUCCAAAGAAUGAUUCAUGCUCGGCACCAUGUUGGUUCCAUGAUGAUUGUCAAAUGUGUAUCAAAGAACAAUGCAUGUGGUGUCCAACUACUGCUCGAUGUGUUUCAAUGGAUGCAUACAUGAUUAAUUUUCCUUAUGGACAAUGUCAGUCUUGGGUAACGGCCACGAAUAUAAUAAGUAAUCAACACGCAUGCCAGUUAGAUCCUAUGGACUGUUCAAAGCAGAAAACAUGUGCUGAAUGUCAGCGUGUUGGGCCCAAUUGUGGCUGGUGUGAUGAUGGCUCUGGAACUGGAUUAGGAAAAUGUUUGCAAGGCAGUCUUGAAGCACCUGAUAAUGAAUCUUCGUGUCCAGAUGAUGGCAAGUCAAAAUGGUAUUUUACGAAUUGUUCAGCUUGUCAGUGCAAUGGACACAGUAAUUGUACCCUGAAAAGACGAUCUCUUGAAUGGAAUAUCGAAGAGCAGAACUGUACACAGUGUGAUCACAACACAACUGGUGAACAUUGUCAGUACUGUGCAGAUGGAUUUUAUGGAGAUCCGAGAAAUGGCGGCAAAUGUGAAGGUUGCUUUAACACAAGUUUCAGUGUUUCCUUAUGUCUUAAUAAUUCGUCAAGACACUCGUACAUGUUUCUAGAAUGUUUUUGCAAUGGACAAGCCACAACAUGCAAUAGAGAAACAGGUGAUUGUUACUGUACUACGAAAGGUGUGACUGGGAAAAAUUGCAGUAAAUGUGAACCAAAGUAUUACGGUGAUCCUGAAAACAACCAACUAUGCUACUAUGAAUUGACGGUGGAUUUUAUUUUUACAUUCAAGCUUGAUCAGGACGAUCCAAAAGACAAAUACGUGAAUCAAAUCAAUUUCUUCAGCACUCCGCAUAAAGUAAUGUGUAUUGUUGAAUACAACCUGUAUUUUUAAUU